CAGCCUGCCCCUUCCUUCCCGUCAAAUCGCGCGAGAUCUCCCACCGGAGCCCGCAACCUCCGCGGAGGCGAAGCGACUCGAGUGACUCGCUCGCUGGUGGCCGCUGAGUCUGCGACACCCGAAACUGGGUAAAUCUCGCGCGGAAACAGGCUGAGCUGAGAGAGGGGACUUUCCUAAGUUCCCGCUUACUAGAACCAGGACACUUAACUCUGCUCUUCUUUGUGUAGCGAUCGUGCCCUUAUAGGAGGCUGUAAGGAGUUAUUUUAUAUAGAAAUCUUGUGAGAUCACUGCGUGGAGUGAUGAUUGUACAAAGAGUGGUCUUGAAUUCCCGACCUGGAAAAAAUGGCAAUCCAGUGGCAGAUAAUUUCCGAAUAGAAGAAAUCAAUUUGCCAGAUAAUAUCAAUGAAGGGCAAGUACAAGUUAGAACUCUUUAUCUUUCUGUGGAUCCUUACAUGUACCGGGGCUCCAACUCAAGACCUUAUCUUUGCAAGCGUUGUAAGAUGAAUGAAGAUACGGGCACUGAUUAUAUAGCACCUUGGCAGCUGUCUCAGGUGGCUGAUGGUGGAGGUAUUGGCGUUAUAGAAGAAAGCAAGCAUGCACAUUUGACUAAAGGCGAUUUUGUGACUUCUUUCUAUUGGCCUUGGCAAACCAGGGCUAUUCUGGAUGGAAAUAACCUUGAAAAGGUAGACCCAAAACUUGUGGAUGGACACCUUUCAUAUUUUCUUGGAGCUAUAGGUAUGCCUGGUUUGACUUCCUUGAUUGGGAUACAGGAGAAAGGUCAUAUAAUUGCUGGAUCUAAUCAGACAAUGGUUGUCAGUGGAGCAGCAGGUGCCUGUGGAUCCUUGGCUGGGCAGAUUGGCCAUUUGCUGGGCUGUUCCAGAGUGGUGGGAAUAUGUGGAACACAUGAGAAGUGCCUCUUUUUGACUUCAGAACUGGGCUUUGAUGGUGCAAUUAAUUAUAAAAAAGGGAACGUGGCAGAACAACUCCAAGAAUCAUGCCCAGCUGGAGUAGAUGUUUACUUUGACAAUGUUGGUGGUGACAUCAGUGAUACAGUGAUAAGUCAGAUGAAUCAGAACAGCCACAUCAUCUUGUGUGGUCAGAUUUCUCAGUACAAUAAGGAUGUGCCUUAUCCUCCCCCACUCCUGCCCACUGUAGAGGCAAUCCAGAAGGAAAGAAACAUCACAAGGGAGAGAUUUCUGGUGUUAAAUUAUAAGGAUAAAUUUGAGCCUGGCAUUCUACAGUUGAGUCAGUGGUUUAAAGAAGGAAAGCUAAAGGUCAAAGAGACUGUGACAAAUGGAUUGGAAAACAUGGGAGCUGCAUUCCAAUCCAUGAUGACAGGAGGUAACAUCGGAAAGCAGAUAGUUCGCAUUUCAGAAAUUUCUUUGUAAUCUGUUAACUUCUUCAUCAAAGAAAUCACAUAUUUUCUUUUCCAUUUUGCACAAAACAUUGAAGAUAUGUUUUAAAAGAACCUAAGAGUACAGAAUCAGGCGUGGUGACACACAUCUGUAAUCUCAGCACUUGGGAGGCUGAGGCAAGAGGAUUGCCAUGAGUUCAAGA